AUGCGUGAGUUAUCUUCGCCUGUGACAACAAAAGCUGAAGAUGUUUCGUCGUCACCCACAGCCAUGUCGAGUCAAAAUGAGACGUUAAAAUCAUCAAAUGGAACUGGUCAUCGCAAGCGUGUCUUUACCUUUCAAAAGCGAUGGUUGCACUCUCUUCCGAUCGUUGAACGUGCACUCUUUGAGACAGAAACAGCUGACGAAGCUCGCGAUCUCGAUCGAUUAUCUAGUGAGACUUUAGAGUCUAAUGCUACAGAUACAACAAGGCAAAAAGAUGUGAUUGUUUGUAUGUUAUGUGAUGAUCCAACGUCCAAGCGCGAGAUGACUAAAGUAUGGAAUCGUCUCAAUUGUCGUCGUGGGCGUAUUGAGAAUCAUUUAGUGAGCAAACAUCCAGAAUUUAUGCGUUUACUUAAACACAAACGUGAGGCAGAAGGAGAUGUAGCGGUACAACUUUUUUUACAAAACCUGCGCGAAGGCCGAUGCAAUGCACGUACCGAGAUCAAUAAUGGCUUGUAUAGUCAGCUAGCUCUCACUGCUACUACACAUUCAACUUUUGAUUCUGAAGAUGCAGAAAGUAAUCAAAAGCGCGCGAAACUUUUGGAAUCUCCAGUCGAUACAAAAGAUUCAGCCUUAUAUUUUGCUGCAGGGUUGACAGUACCACGCACAAAUACUACACUAUCAAAUACAGUAGCAACGGUUGAUGGAAAAAGCUCGACUUGUAGUACAUUAUAUCUCGAUGCAACGAUUCCACCACAGUGGCAAACAAUAUUUUUUAACAAAUUGGUCGUUGUGACUGGAGGAGACAACAAUAAUAUCGCUUUUAUCGCGACACAACUCUGGCUUUUGGGUGCGAAUGUUUUACUUGCCUUUUGCACUGUGUCAGCCUUGAACGAGUUUAACAUAAAGCAUAAUGGUCGGUUUCCGGAUCCACCUGAAGACGAAGAAAAUAUGCGUGGUGUGAUGUUACCCGUGCUAGUUUCAUUUCAGACACAAAAAAGUAUUGACGAGUGGUGCAAUUCCAUUGCUGUCAAGUAUCAACGCGUCGAUUUUUUGAUCAAUUAUGCGGGUUCUGAAGUAAUAGAAGCGCUGUCAAGUGAAAAGGAUGAUCAUAGCACAAACGAUGACCCAAAGUGCAUAUUCUCCAGCAUAACUCUCAUCGAAGCUAUAUGUGCUUCAAUGUCAUCGUAUUGCUUCCCAGAUCGAACUAUCAGUGAUGACACAUGGUCAACAACGAGUACUGGGACUAUCGUAAAUGUUGUUUCAGGCGUAGACGAUGCCACAGUUGAGCCGCUUGUCAAAAUGUUGGCUGCCAAAUUUCAACCACGCAGUGUGCAAGUAAACUGCGUGUUGCUGCCACCGCCUCUUGAAGUUGACGACGCUGAAGUCACCGAUCACACAGUCACUUUAUCACACACGAUUCUGUUUUUGUUGUCACCAUUGAGUCGAUUAUUGUCAGGUAGCGUGCUGCGAAUUCAAUCAGGAGAAAUUUGGUUGCCCUCGACGUGA